AUGGACUUGACAGACAACUCGAUGUGGACGCUUGUCGAGGAGGCCGUCAUUGAAGACAGGGGUGAGGACGAGGAGGAGGUUCUGGCCCAAAUGGUCCGUUCGUAUCUAGCGCGGAGAGGCCUAACCGACACUCUCGCCGCUUUCGACGAGGAGCACCAGUCUUACUGGAGUUCUUCAAAACACCCCUACAAGGGAUCUCCGGACGCAUCCAAGCCAGCAGCGAGUGGGGAAGUAGCAGAUCUAAUGCUGGCAGCCGAUCACCCUAAUGUGAACUAUGCUGCCUCUCUGGAUGAGGCUAGUGGUGGGAUGGACAAGCGCAAGGUGGCGCAACUUCUUUGUCUGCAGGAGAGAUACGAGGCAGCGGCGGCGCUGAUGGCGCCUUCCUCGCUUGCGCGCAUUCGUCUCCUAUGCAUUCAGGCACAGAGUCUAGAGGAUACUGUUGCUGCUGUGUUUUACCUGGCGACUCAUGUCGCACCGCUCGUGCCGUUCUGCACCGAUCCUACGAUGGGCCACAGGGUGUACACAGCUGCGUUGAGUAAUUUGCUGAGUCCGUGCCGUGAGAGGUCAAUUCCUGACGCAGAGGCGCUUGCUAGGGAGGUGAACGACGAGCUUUGCGGCCGUGAGCAGCGCAGUAGUCUUCACGUGUUGUUUAAUUGGGCUUACUGGCAGGAAACGUCGCAUACCAUCUGA